GAAGUGCCGGGAGGGGGCUCGGCUUUGGCGGGCGGGAGCCGUGACCCCGCAUCAGGUGGGUCCCGGCGGGAGAGCGACGCAGGUGCCCCAGGCUCGCCCAGCCUCCAGUGCCCUCGGGCGGGCCGGAGUGAACGGCCGUGCAGCCCGCGCCUGCCCUUGCCUGGAGCUGCCUCCGUGAGCCUCGGGGAGCGCGGAGAUGCCCGCUGGGAAUCCGCGGUGUCAACCCCCCCGCCCCCGCAUUGGGUCUUUCCCAGCAGCAGCAGAAGAAUUGUCCGCGGACGCAAGUGAAAACCAAGACCUGCCUCGAGUGGGACGAGCCGAGCCCCGCAGAGCAAGGUGGUGGCAGGAGGCAGCCCCGCGGGAAAGGCCCGGCGCCGAGGCGGAGGGGGUCUGCGAGGCCUGUAGCUGGCGACACGCGUCACCAAGCAAGAAGCAGCGCGGUAAGCAUCCACGUCGGUGCUGGGGAGCGGAAACGGGAAAAUGAGUGGUGGAUUGGCACCAAGUAAAAGCACAGUGUACGUGUCCAACUUGCCCUUUGCUCUGACCAACAAUGACUUAUACAGGAUUUUUUCCAAAUAUGGCAAAGUUGUCAAAGUUACUAUUAUGAAGGACAAAGACACCAGGAAGAGUAAAGGAGUUGCCUUCAUUUUGUUUUUGGAUAAAGAGUCUGCCCAAAACUGUUCUCGGGCACUAAAUAACAAACAAUUAUUUGGAAGAGUGAUAAAAGCAAGUAUUGCCAUUGACAAUGGAAGAGCAGCAGAAUUCAUCCGCAGGCGAAACUACUUUGAUAAAUCUAAAUGUUAUGAAUGUGGAGAGGCAGGACAUUUAAGUUAUGCUUGUCCAAAAAAUAUGCUAGGAGAGCGUGAACCGCCAAAAAAGAAAGAAAAGAAGAAAAGAAAAAAAGUUGUUGAACCAGAAGAAAUUGAAGAAGAGGAGGAAAGUGAAGAUGAGGGAGAAGACCCUUCUCUUGAUAGCCUUAGCCAGGCCAUCGCUUUCCAGCAAGCCAAAAUUGAAGAAGAACAGCAGAGAUGGAAACAGUCUGCAGGGGAACCUUCAACAUCAGAUGAUUCAAAACGUCCACGGAUAAAAAAGAGUGCAUAUUUCAGUGAUGAGGAGGAACUUAGUGAUUGAUAUAUGGACCUAUUAAUUGGUGUGUAUAUAUAUCUGUAUAGUGUACAUUUGUAAAGCUGUCUGUAGUACAGAUUUGUUUUGGAACUAGAGAGAGCUGCUGUUUGAACUUCCUCUUACAGAUUUCAGAAUUCUGGUUGUUUCUAAUACAAUUUCUGAUCUCACUUUUUAAAAGAAAACUCUCAUUAUAUCUGAAUUUUUAAUCAAGAGAAAUAUGCACCCAAGGUGAAGUCUAGCUCAUUCUACUCAUAGUCUUUAUCGCGACCAUGGAAUUCACCCACCUAGAGGCACCAUAUAUAAGUUUUAUAAUACCAUUGCUUGUUCCGAAAUGAACAUAAGUGAACUGUAGGCCUUGGUCUAGUCCAGGGGUCAGCAACCCCCGGCACAUGUGCCGAGCACAACACGUGAGGCCAUUUUGCUCUGCACGCCA